CACCAUCCAGUCCUCCGUGCAGCUUCGAGGAGCCGGUAAAGAUGGCGACGUUGACCCUGGGGCUGUUGGCAUGCAGCCUCCUCCUGCUCUACCUCAUCCUGGAGUCUAGGGAGUCCUUUACAGCUUUGGCUGGCUGGAGACCAGAGGACAUUCCUCCGCAGAUGUUACGCCAGAAAAGAGCGACACCAGAUGAGGCGACGUUUAACUGGACGUACGUGAUCGACAUCGAAGUGAACGGUUCCUCCGGCCUCAUAGCCGCACUGAACAACAUCAGCCUCCCGGUCCAACUCAACAACAUUACCCAGAUCAGCCAGAUUCAGGUCACCACAGCAUGCGCGCCGGUGGGCGCGGGUGAGCAGUGCCGCUGCCAGGAAGGGUUCGCCUGGCCAAUCGAGAGCUGCCUGGCCCACGGCGCCUGUGAUGUCAUCGCCGAGGGUGUCUGCACCUGCAUCAACGGCCGCCCCGCCGACGGGCAGUCCUGUCAACCAAUCGAAUCACUGCAGGCGGAGGUGGUGCUGGAGGUGGUGGUGGAGCUCCACCUCAUAGACCUGGCCACCCUGGAGACUCUCCGCGCCCGGCUGGAGAACAGCAGCUUCCCUCUGGCCCUCAGUCCUGCUGUCGAGAUCACGGACAUCAACAUCACCACAGUUUGCUCUCCAUUCGGGGCUGGGUUCCAAUGCACAUGUGAGGAUCCGUAUCGCUGGCCAUGUGACAAGUGUCUUCUGCAUGGGUCAUGUGACAACAUCACUGAUGAGACGUGUGGAUGCAUCAAUGCCCUUCCCCCUGAUGAAGAAUACUGCCAGCUCUCCCAACUCAUCAAUACAACUUGUCCUAUCACGACUUCUGCACCUCCGUCCACAACUUCUGCACCUCCAUCAACCACUUCUCCACCUCCAUCAACCACUUCUCCACCUCCAUCUACCACUUCUCCACCUCCAUCAACCACUUCUCCACCUCCAUCAACCACUUCUCCAAAUCCAUCCACCACUUCUCAAACUCCAUCAACAAGUCCUCCAGUGGUCUAUGAGUACCUGACUACUAUCGAGCUGCAAACCACAAAUGUUACAGUGAUAGAGGAACUGAGGAUUAUCCUGGAUAACAUCAGCUACCCCUUCCCCAUCGACAGCAACAUACUGAUCUCUGAGGUCAACAUCACCACAGUUUGCUCUCCAUUCGGGGCUGGGUUCCAAUGCACAUGUGAGGAUCCGUAUCGCUGGCCAUGUGACAAGUGUCUUCUGCAUGGGUCAUGUGACAACAUCACUGAUGAGGCGUGUGGAUGCAUCAAUGCCCUUCCCCCUGAUGAAGAAUACUGCCAGCUCUCCCAACUCAGUACGUCCUCAUGUCUGGUCACAGUUGACAUAAAGCUAUAGACACAGCCAAGAAUCUGAAGCUGUGACACUGUACAAGGCCUCAAUUCUCCUGAGUCCUUAAUGUAAGAGUAUUGACCCAUACUGGGAUUGAUCAAACAAUAGACAUGGUUAAAUCACUAACUUUAAAGACUCCCUCCCAUUUAUGGAAGUCAUUAUUUAAGAAGCACUUUAUAGUGUGUUGUGAUGAUUUGCUUCCUAAUGUCAGCAAGUUAUGAGGUGAAUAACUUUGUGUUAAACGUUUAAGUAAACUAUGAACUUGACUUUUGUCUCCAAACAGUCAAUACAACUUGUCCUAUCACGACUUCUGCACCUCCGUUCACCACUUCUACACCUCCAUCUACCACU